AUGCUCUAUCCAUUUUCUCUCUACUUUGCCUUGGCUAGCACAGCCAUCGCAGGUACCGUCCCUGAUAUUACCACUUCGGAGGCACCAGGCCGUAGCCAGGCUCCAAGUAGCAUUCUUACAGCUCCUCGUCGCGGAAAUGGGUCAGAAGCAGCAACAGGACGCUGCGGUGCGAAGGAUAUGAUCAACAUUGAAACCUACAUCACCCUUUUCGCCAACAACGAAACAUACGAAGGUGGUUGGCUCAGCGACGACAUUGUUGAAAAGCAAAUGAAGGUGCUCAACGACGGGUUUUCCAGCUGCCACAUCGGCUUCACUCUCAGGGGACUGCAAAGAAACCUCACCUCCAUGCCCACGGGGUUUGACCCAGACGAAAAGAUAGCCUUUGAAUUCUACGGCAAAUACAGAAAAGGCAGCUACAAGACGCUCAAUCUAUACUACUCCCCGGACGAAGACGGCGGAUUCUGCACCUUUCCUGGCAUGAGAGGCGCACUCAAUAUUGGCACAGCGUUCAACGUGGAUGGCUGCAAAAUCGGGUCACGCACCACACCCGGUGGAAAGGCCCCCUAUCAUAUGGGCAAGACGACGGUUCACGAAGUUGGUCACUGGCUAGGACUGUUGCAUACCUUCAAAGGCGGGUGCGAUGAGGAAAAGGGUGACUUUGUCAGCGACACGCCGGCAAUGAAUGAGACCAUGGGCGAAGUAUUGGGCACCUGCCCUCGUGGCCAAAACAGCUGUCCUGGUCUUCCGGGCCUUGAUCCCAUCCAUAAUUAUAUGAGCUACACCUCUGAGUAA